AUGAUCGUGGUAUGUGAUGAUAAACUUUCUGAACUUCAAGCAGAAGAAAAAAAUCUUACUAGCAACGUUACGGCAGUUGUCAAAGAUGACAUCAAUAAGUUGUUGGCUGGUAAAACUUAUGAACAAUUAAACAAAUUGCAAGCUCAGAUUCAACAAAAGUUAUCUGGGCAAGAAGCUGUGGAAGUUGAAUAUUGGGAACAGCAAUUAAAAACUAUAACAGUUUGGAAAGCGAAGGCUAAAUUAAAGGCAAUGCAUGAAAUUGUAUUACACAAGAGAUUGGAACAAUUAAGGAGAAAACAGAGACAGGAAGCUAUAAAAGUGCAGGAAGAAUUAGAAACAGCACUUGCGUCACAUAAUUUGCAUGUUAGGGCAGAAGGACGACAAGAACCUAUUAUUGAGGAAGUAUUAGAGGAAGAAGACGAUUCUUUGAUCGAAGAAUAUGACAUGUCGAUGAGUCCAAAACCUUUUGACAAAUUACCACGAGAAGAUAAACAUUUUGAAAUUUUUGAUAUUGAGGAAGACAUGAAAGCAUUGAGAGAAAAACGUAAAGAGGUUCUUCGUAACCAAUUCAUUCCCAUGAAAAUUCAACAAAAGAAACCUACUGUAGAAGAGGAGGAAGAUUCUGUGGUUUCUAAAGUAUUAUAUGAACGAGAGGCUGCCAAAGAUUUGGACGAAGAUGAAGCUAUAUUUAAUAUAGAAGAAGAAUUAGCCAAAACGACAUAUUUAUGGCAAGAUAAAUAUCGUCCAAGGAAACCUCGAUAUUUUAACCGUGUUCAUACAGGAUACGAAUGGAAUAAAUAUAAUCAAACUCAUUAUGAUAGCGAUAAUCCACCUCCAAAGGUCGUUCAAGGAUACAAAUUCAAUAUAUUUUAUCCUGACCUGAUUGAUAAGUCCAAAGCUCCAACAUAUAAAAUAGAAAGGGAACCUGGAAACAAUGAUACCGUCUUGAUCAGAUUCCUGGCUGGGCCUCCUUAUGAAGUAUGA